AUUGCCAUAUUCCAAUUGUAACCCGAGAACAAUUUACACAAUGUUUAAUAAUGUGCAUGUAUAGUAUUCACACUUUUAGCAGGUGUUCAAAUUAAACUUGAGUUCACAAUUCAAUGGUUUAUACAAUUUAAUCAACUUUGCCACGUUAACUUACACAGUCGCUCAAACGCAUAGAAAUGUUUUUCAAUUUAUCCAAAAUUUGCCAAAAUAAACGUUUGGCUUAUCAAAUAAUUCGUUCCCCAAAGGGUUUAUUGAAAAAUGAUAGUCGCUUAAAUGUUAGUGUUAAAAGGUGUCUUUGGACAUGUAAACCAGAAGUCGGUUUCAUUCAAGGUCAAUGUCAACGUGGUCUUUCAAAUAGCUCACAAUUAAAUCAAAGUCAUCCCACCGGCGUUCUACAUUUUCAAAUAAUGAGUCCGAUUGCAUCAAAUACGCCUAUUUCCGGCCAAAAUAAGACAAUGGAAGCGCAAAACGGUACAAAGAAAACAGUUUCAUCUGAGUAUGUGUUUCAACGUGAAAACAAAUACGGAGCACAUAACUAUCAUCCGCUUCCGGUGGCAUUAACCAAGGCGCAAGGCGUUUAUAUGUGGGAUGUCGAAGGAAAACGGUAUUAUGAUUUUCUCAGUGCAUAUUCAGCUGUUAAUCAAGGUCAUUGUCAUCCAAAAAUUUUGAAGGCAUUAACAGAACAAGCACAAAAUCUUACACUCACUUCUAGAGCUUUCUAUUCAGAUGUAUUGGGCGAAUACGAGGAAUAUAUUACAAAAUAUUUUGGUUAUGACAAAGUAUUGCCAAUGAAUACGGGUGUCGAAGGUGGUGAAACAGCAUGUAAAUUGGCACGUCGGUGGGGCUAUGACGUAAAAAAAAUUCCAGAAAAUCAAGCAAAAAUCGUAUUUGCCGAAGGUAACUUUUGGGGUCGAACACUAUCAGCCGUAUCAUCAUCAUCCGAUCCCACUUGCUUUGAACGAUUCGGUCCAUUUAUGCCGGGCUUUGAACUUGUGCCUUAUAAUAAUGUCGACGCAUUGGAAGAAAAACUAAAGGAUCCAAAUGUUUGUGCAUUUAUGGUUGAGCCAAUUCAAGGUGAAGCGGGUGUCGUUGUUCCAGAUGAUGGUUAUCUGAAAGAAGUUCGUCGUCUUUGCACCAAAUAUAACUGUCUAUUCAUUGCUGAUGAAAUUCAAACGGGCUUAAGUCGUACGGGUCGAUUAUUGGCCGUUGAUUAUGAAAAUGUGCGUCCCGAUGUGCUGAUCUUGGGCAAAGCUUUAUCAGGUGGUGUGUAUCCAGUGUCGGCUGUACUCGCCAACGAUAAUAUCAUGUUAACAAUUAAACCUGGUGAACAUGGGUCAACGUAUGGUGGUAAUCCUCUUGGUUGCCGUGUAGCAAUUGCUGCACUUGAAGUGUUGCGCGAUGAAAAUUUGGCCGAAAAUGCUGAUCGCAUGGGAGAAAAACUUCGCAGUGAACUUCGAAAAUUGCCAAAAGAUAUCGUGACCACAGUGCGUGGCAAAGGAUUAUUGAAUGCCAUUGUCAUUAAUAAACAUCUUGAUGCAUGGGAAGUGUGUCUUAAAUUAAAAGAAAAUGGUCUGCUAGCAAAACCGACUCAUGGUGAUAUCAUUCGUUUGGCUCCCCCAUUGGUUCUCAAUGAAGAACAAUUGGAUGAUUGUGUGACAAUCAUAAAAAAGACAAUUUUAUCAUUUCAACAAUGAACUCAGCACAGCUAGUUCAAGAUUCGAUUUAAUUUCAUGCAACUAAUUGGUUCAAUCUCAAUCUCUGUAUUAUUUUUGUCAUGAUGACUGUAAUAUAAAAAUUAAUGAAUAAAUAUUGUUAAAACCGUA